AGUCUCCCGGCCAGAGCGCCGGCCCUUCCCUCUGCUCUCCUUGUUCCGUCUCUCUGCCUCUGUCUGUCUUCUUCUUGUCGCGAAGAGCGUCGGGGGAGGCGGCCGCAGCAACAUGGCGGGCGCGGAGCGAGGAGGCAGCCCCGAGGAAGAGGAGGAGAAGGAGAAGCACCUGAACGGGGAGCUGCUCCUCCUGGACCCGGACGAGCGAGAGGGCGCCAAGAAGAAGCGCAAGAAGAAGAAGAAGGGCAAGGCGGCCGGCUCUGGACAACAAGAAACCGAGAGAGAGUCGGAGGCUCUUGAUGAGGUAACAAAACAGUUGGAUAAACAGACAUUGGAGGAAAAGGAAAAAGAUGAAGAUGAUGAAGAUGGCGAUGGUGAAGGUGAUGGUGCAGCAGGGAAGAAGAAAAAGAAGAAGAAAAAGAAGAAGGGACCUAAAGUCCAGACAGAUCCUCCAUCUAUUCCAAUAUGUGAUUUGUUUGCCAGUGGAAUAUUUCCAAAAGGUGAAGAAUGUGAGUAUCCACCAACGCAAGAUGGGCGAACUGCUGCUUGGAGAACCACAAGUGAUGAAAAGAGAGCACUAGAUCAAGCAAGUGAAGAGAUCUGGAAUGAUUUUAGAGAGGCUGCUGAAGCACAUAGACAAGUGAGGAAAUAUGUUAUGAGCUGGAUCAAGCCCGGAAUGACAAUGAUAGAAAUCUGUGAAAAAUUAGAAGACUGUUCACGGAAGCUGAUCAAAGAGAAUGGCUUAAAUGCUGGGCUUGCAUUUCCUACGGGUUGUUCUUUGAAUAACUGUGCAGCCCACUACACCCCCAAUGCUGGAGAUCCAACUGUGUUGCAGUAUGAUGAUAUCUGCAAGAUAGAUUUUGGAACACAUGUUAGUGGUCGUAUCAUUGACUGUGCUUUUACUGUCACAUUCAAUCCAAAAUAUGACAGGCUCUUACAAGCUGUUAAAGAUGCAACUAAUACUGGAAUAAAGUGCGCUGGAAUAGAUGUUCGUCUUUGUGAUGUCGGUGAGGCUAUCCAAGAAGUUAUGGAAUCUUAUGAAGUUGAAAUUGAUGGCAAAACAUAUCAAGUGAAACCAAUCCGCAAUCUGAAUGGACACUCUAUUGGACCAUACAGGAUACAUGCAGGCAAAACUGUUCCCAUUGUGAAAGGAGGAGAAGCAACAAGAAUGGAAGAGGGAGAAGUGUAUGCUAUAGAAACAUUUGGUAGCACGGGAAAAGGCGUUGUUCAUGAUGAUAUGGAAUGCUCUCAUUAUAUGAAAAACUUUGAUGUUGGACACGUGCCAAUAAGGCUUCCAAGAGCAAAACACUUGCUGAAUGUUAUUAACGAAAACUUUGGCACCCUUGCCUUCUGCCGCAGAUGGCUAGAUCGUCUGGGAGAAAGUAAAUAUUUAAUGGCCUUGAAGAAUCUGUGUGACUUGGGUAUAGUGGAUCCAUACCCUCCCUUAUGUGAUAUUAAAGGCUCAUAUACAGCACAGUUUGAGCAUACCAUAUUAUUGCGUCCAACGUGCAAAGAAGUUGUCAGCAGAGGAGAUGACUAUUAAAUCUGCAAGGCCAUUACCUCACCUAUGUACUCUGUUGGAAUACAUUAUGCCAGAAUAAAUUUGCAGUCUGUUUUAUCAGUGGACCCAAUGUGAUAACUUUCCAUGUUUGGAAGAGAAGAAUUGAAUCAAAGGCAAGUUCUCUAAUGUAACUAACCAAGGAAAAAAGGCGAGGGGGGAGGGGGCUCUAGAAUAUUUCAGGUUACAUUUUUUUUUCUUUUGUGGGAAAAUGCUAUAAUGCACAAAAUUUUAGUUUGGAAUGAGUUCUCCAUAUUAUGUGGAAAAUUUCUGAGAAGGCUUUUCAAAUAUUUAUAUUACCAUAUUCUUACUUGAAUGCUUUGAAUGACUACAUCUGAUUUCUGCGCCCAAGUCGUAUCUGGUAUUGCCUUUUAAACAUCCUGAAAUUCAUUUUGUAAAAAAAAAUUAAUAAAGACAGAUUUUCAGAUCUAAA